AUGGUGAGGCGAAUGUCAACACAAGAAAAAAGGCUUGACUAUGCAAUUUACGAAGCAAAAGUCGAAAAGCGUCAGCAAAAUUAUCUCCCUCCUGUUUACUCAAGCCCGCCCAUGACAAAAAUAGAAGACGCAAAACAAGCCCAAAAGAUUUAUGAAAACGGCGUGGCGGAGCUUUUGGAUCAGUACGAAGAAAUGCUGGUCGAAGAAGGAGACUUUUUGGUUUUUGCGACUUUGUUGAAUCCGCUGAUGGCGAUUCCGGCGAAGUGGGAGUUGGAGAAGGCGAAGGAUAUUUUCAAUGAGGUGAAUUUUGCGGCUGGAGCUGGGGUUGAUUACGAUGAUUCUGUGAAAGUGGUAAUGCUUCAGAAGAAGAUGAAGAAGAUAAGGGAUACUACAGAAAAAGCAAAGAAAGAAUGCUAUACAGCAAUAAUUGCUGUCCUCAUUAUGGCGUUUGCUUUUCUUGUCGUCGGCUGGUUCCAUAUCUUUGGAAUUCUAGCGUUCCUCUUGACAAUCUUGUACAUCGUUGGGGUGAGCAUCUGGUUCAUCUUCGGCAAAAAGCUCACUGACAAGAAACGAGACAAGAAGCAAUUCGAAAAGCGACAAGACUUGCUUCUCGAAAUGAUGGCGAACAGACUUGCUAGGCAGAUUGAAGAAGAUGUAACUGAUGAAAAUUACUUGUAA